AUGGCGAUCGUGUCGAGAAAACAACGAAUGAAGAUUUUGGGCGCGGAAGAUCAAAACACACUCGAUAGCACUGAGAUAUUAGCAGUAGCUUACCGACUCGGGGGCCGGCGGGAAGAGGCCGAGAAGCUGGAGGUGCAGGUGAUAGAGACUCGCAAGACGAAGCUCGGCGCCGAUCAUCUAUCUACGUUGACGAGUAUGGCUAACCUGGCGUCGACGGUUUGGAACCAGGGCCGAUGGGAGGAGGCGGAACAACUCCAGCUGCAGGUGAUGGAGACUCGCAAGACGAAGCUCGGCGCCGAUCAUCUAUCUACGUUGACGAGUAUGGCUAACCUGGCGUCGACGGUUUGGAACCAGGGCCGAUGGGAGGAGGCGGAACAACUCCAGCUGCAGGUGAUGGAGACUCGCAAGACGAAGCUUGGUGCCGAUCAUCCCGACACGCUGACGAGCAUGGCCAACCUAGCAUCGACGUAUAGGAACCAGGGCCGAUGGGAGGAAUCGGAGCAGCUCCAGGUACAGGUGAUGGAGGCUCGCAAGACGAAGCUCGGCGCGGACCAUCUCGACACGCUGUCUAGCAUGAACAACCUUGCUCAUACCCUAAGGUCAUCGGGUCAAUACACAGCCGCUUUGCAGUUGAUGGCUGAAUGCGUCCAACUUUUCUACCGAAAACUAGGCCCUGACCAUCCGCAUACUAUAUCUUCCAAGACUGCUUUAAUCGAGUGGCGCGGGAAGGGUGACUCCGUCUUCCUAGCUCAUGAGCCGCCGACCGACACCAAAGACGACUAA